AUGCCACUCCUCCUAAGCAUCACCACCACCCCACCACCACCACCAAAACCAAAAAUUUCUCUCCUGUCACUACCACUGGAGCUCAGACUAGAAAUCUACACCCAUCUCCUCCACCUACCACUGCCCCCACACUCAGGCGAGGAAUCACCCCCUUAUCGAUCAACAACCCCCCCUCUGUCAACCUUUGCCGAAAAACCAAAAAUCUGGACAGCGAUUUUAUACGUCUCCCGACAAAUCUACAUCGAGAGUCACCCCCUCUUGUACAAGUCAAACACCUUCUCCGCCCACCCCACCCUCCUCACCAGCUCCCCUACUUUGUAUCCUUCCUCCAAGGCAUAUAAAACCCCCCUUGCGAUCCCCCUCCCACCACUACCACCACCACCACCAACCACAACAACACCCCAACAAGACCGACCAUUCACCCCCCCGUCCCAAUCCCAGAACAUCAUCACAAUCCCUUUAUCCCCCUUCAUCUCCGCCCCGACAAACCCCCCCUCUAUAUCACCUGCCUACAUCCCCCUGAUAAGGAAAUGGAGGCUUCGGAUAAAACUGGACAGUCCAGCUCCGUGGUCUGAGGAUCUGGUGAGGGAGGUGUUCACGGGAGUGGGGGAGUUGACGUUGGAUGUGUGGCAGAGUUCUUUUUGGGGUGGGGUGGGUGUUAGAACCCUAAAAGGGUUCGAAGGGGUGAGGGGGGUGGGGAGGGUGAGGGUUAGGGGGAUGUUGGGUGGCUUUGAGGGCUACCGGGGGUGGCUGGAGGGGAUCAUGGGGGAGGGGGUUGGGGUUCGGGAGGGGGAGGUAUAUGAAGGGAGGGAUGAGGAGGAGAGGAGGAGGUUAAGGGGAUGGAGUUGA